CCCGAAGGACGUCAACUUUCUCCCAUCCAAAUCAGCUCGCCGUCGCGACCAAGCCAUCAAGAUGCCGAGCCACAAGACCUUCCGCACCAAGCAAAAGCUUGCUAAGGCUCAGCGCCAGAACCGUCCUAUCCCCCAGUGGAUUCGCCUGCGCACUGGCAACACCAUCCGCUACAACGCCAAGCGACGACACUGGCGCAAGACCCGUCUGGGUAUCUAAGCUCACCCAGACAAUUCCCUCCGACCCACG